AUGUCGUCUCAACUGAACGACUCGUCUCGCACUACGGAUCCCGCCUCUGCCCAUCCAGAUAUCACAAGCGUUUCCAUGGCUAGCUUCACUCCGAAGCCGCUCCGCACAAGAAAGAAAUUCUACGACCCCCGUCUGACUGCGGGAAUGCGCCCACCCGACACAGACAUGACAACAGCUUCUUUUGAUGCGGAGGCCACAAAAGAGCGUCUAUUGACCGAGGAAGACGAAAACCUCCGCACGGAAGCUAUCAAACUACUGGCCGCCAAGCUCUCCAGAUUCAGGAAGCUCAGCCCUCCUCACGCCGCGAUUAUGCAACGUCAGCCCGAUGUCUUUGCUAAACAGUGGGAGUCCGACAUAUGGCGCCGAUCAAUGCAAAGCUCCGAUAAGAAGAGAUACGAGGACGAAGUCAGAUCGACUUUGCGACUCCUCACCAAGUGCGACAAGAAGUGGUCUGAGGCUUGGCCGGUCGAUGAUGGAAGCUAUUGGACAGGUGAAGAAUGGUUCAUUUGGGAGAUGGACAAAUUGAACUACGACAUGCUGGAGAGCGAGAGCAUCGCAUCUGGGCCGCAUUCUGCGGACACUACAGCCAGCCUCGGCUAUGUGUGUACUCAAUCCGACUCAGCCACCGAAGCCACCGAGGCCAUACUCAAUGCGGACAACCACCAAGAAGGCCUCUCACCAGAGAUGCAGCUGCGCAAAGACAACCGUCGGGGCUUCCGAAGCCAUAUCCGAGGCAUCUGUGAGUUACUGAGAUCCGCGAAUCAUACGCCGGACCUUGACGUCGUCGCGCUUGCGUCAUCUUGGGAGACCGAAAUUUGGACUUCGUCGCUUGAGCACGAAGACUGCAACACUUCAUAUAAAGAGGAUAUCGAUGAGGCACUGGAAGACUUAGAUGACUGGAAAACGUACUGGAAUUCGUCUGAAAGCGACCCUGAAGGUAGUCGAACCGGUCGGCAGCUCUUCCUCGACUACAUUCACCAGCUUCAGGCGCACAAUGCUUUGUCUAACGGACAGAUUGAAUCCCCGAAAGGAGUCAAAGCAUCGACAGAGCCUUCCCAUCCUCAUGAGGACGGUGAAGAUGCUUGCUUCUCCAUCGAGACCGACGAUAGUGAUGGUGGUGUCGACAUUGGCUCAGACGACGAGUCCGGGGAUGACCAGACCGACACGCAGUACGUCCCUAACGACACCUCUCAAGACCAUGGCCUUGAUUCAAAUACUGCAGACGAGCUCUGGGAACUUGCUUGGGGUAACGAAGAGCUGUCAGAUAUUUAUGCAGACGACGCUGGAGACAACGACGUAUCUGACAGGUCUUCCGAAAGCGACGAUUCUGAGAUCAUAUCGCCUCGCUCGCCACAGCCUUACGAAAGCGAUGAUGAGGAUGAAAGCGAAAACACCAUGGAUGGUGUCAGUUCUCACCCCAGUUCCCCCACCGUAGCAUCUCCGGUAUCGUCGGCUUUUACUUUCACCUUCAAUUCUCCUCAAAGCAGCGUCGCUGUACCUAUCAUCCCGUCCGGCUUCGACCCUGAAAACUGGACCGGAGCAUUCGAUUUCACGGCCCCCCUAGGCGACAACAUGAUCCUGAACGGGCCUCUUUCGGUUGGUGACGAUGUCGCCAGUCAGACUUCAGAGGCUCAAGACCUCAAAAUCUCUGAGCAGAUUGAUGAGGUUGCCGCCGGCAAUAGCUUGGAGCCUACCACAUCUUCCUUCGAUGACGACGACGUAGUCGCCACGACCGGUCAAGAACACACAGUGCAGGAUGCUCCCUUGGCCGCCCCAAAGGAGCAUGAGACGGAAAGGCCGCAAAAGGCCGUAUCAGCAGACUGCUCUGGCAAGAUCAGGGAACGGACUACCGCCAUCAAUGCAUGCGAGGCCGAAUGGCUGAACGCAAAUGCAGGCAACUGCGCUCCUUCCGCUUUCGUCGAGCUCGCCUCCAAUCUCGAUAGCAUUGGUGCCAAGAUCACUAAUAAGGGUGAUUUCUCUUGCCUCUUAGCAUUGAGCAAGAUCAAGGCGCUGUUCGCUAAAUGGCAAGCUUUUGUCAACACCAUGAAAGCCUUCAUCGGCAUCAAAGACUACUUCCAUUCCGGCAACGAAUUCCGUUUCAAUCGACUCGUCAUGCUAUAUCGCUCAGAUGUCGAGAUGAUCUCCACGUACGAAACCUUCAGUCGCUUGCCAGGCGCUCAAGGGUACUGGUUGAGCGAGGCAAACAAGCGACGAGAGAGCAGAGACGAUAAUCUGAAGAGCAUUAACGAGGAGAUUGCAAAGAUGUUUGGUCUUCGCCAAGCCUACCGCCAUGAGCUUGAGAUGCUGAACGGGCAAGUAGACGACAAAGCGUUCAAGGAGUUUGGCAAGAUGACCCUGAACAUGGUUCACGAACGCAUCUUGGAGGCGAAUGCGGCUUUAGGCCUGGAGGACUUGUAG